AUGUCUGAAUUAUCAGACUCAACGCAGUCUACUGGGACCUCCGGUUGCCCUCGGGAGUUCUUGGUAUCCGUAGAAUUGUAUGUCCCCACUGUGGCAAGUUUUGGGCUUCGGAAGCCAGUGGUCACUCGCCGUAAAGCUGACACUAGCAAGUCGGAAGAAACCCCUAGGUCACUCAAAGAAAAGUCUAGCUGGAUAUCGGUAGCUCGGACUCCACCAGGCGCUGGACAGUGGCGACCUGCAACAUGUAAACUGACGGACGAGGACGAAGGCUGUUCGCUUAACAUUUAUGUCGACGAGACUAUUCUGUACCAGACCAUAUACAUACAUAGGCUCAACCACUUUGAUAUCCGACAUGCUGACUCCUCCUUAUUUCUUCGCAAGAAUUGUCUGGCGCUUGCAUCUGCUGGGCAACGGUGGGGCUCCCCAGCUAACACAGAGUCUAUCUAUUUUCAAUUUGAAGACGCCGAUACGUGCAACACUUGGCUGGUCCUGUUACGAUCAUAUUCUAAACCGGAGAUAUAUGGGCAAACCUUCGUCUCACGGGAUGGCGGGCUCUACCGUAUGUGGCGGCAGGUAGAGCUGUCAAUUUUGCAAGGACGCAACCUAGGGAAUCACUUCAAGGCCCAAUUAGACGCAAAUGCUAGCUCUGCUACGCUUAGCGAAGGCGACCCGCGAGAGGCAGACCCCGUCGAUUUGGAUGCCUUUUGCGAAAUUAAUCUUAACAACAACAUAUGUGCUCGCACGACGGUCAAGAAGGGGAUAGGGUCUCCCGACUGGCUUGAGAAUUUCUCAUUUUCAGAUUUGCCCCCUUUUGAGACCCUCGAGGUCACAGUCUGGAGAGAGAAGAGGCUUCUGAAACCCAUCUUGCUUGGCUCGGUCCGCAUUGCACUGACGAACUUUCGUCGAAAUGAAGUGGUAGAAGGAUGGUUUCCGGUGAUACAAGCUGGCGGAGUGAGCAACAGUAUUCAAGUUGGGGAGAUACGAAUGAAACUCACCGUCGACGAGGAGAUAAUAUUGCCCCAUAAUAGCUAUUCGGGCCUUUUGACUGUACUCCGCGACAGAAAUGUCCUAGAAUGGAUGAGUGACUUCGAGCGCAGGCUCCACUUGCGGACUACUUCUUAUCAGUUGAUGUGCAUCGCGAUUGCCAAGAACAUUCUUGUUGAGCAUAUCACGGAAUAUGCCGAUCGUGAAGUUGAUGGUACACCUAGCUCUCACAAUACGAUUUUCCGCGGGAAUACCACUUUCACAAAGACGAUGGAGCUUGCAAUGGCAUUUUAUGGGAAAGCAUUUCUCGAGUCCAGCAUCGGAUGUACCAUUCGGCGCAUUUGCUCCGAAAAAAUUGCUAUCGAGGUUGAUCCUGUGAGGAGCGGCAAAGGUGCAAAAGAGGUCGAACGUGGCGUGGAUCAACUAAUACAUUGGAGCCAAGAGGUGUGGAACCAGAUAUAUGCUGUAAGGGGCCAGUGUCCGAACGAGUUGCGACGUCUGUUCGAACACGUGAGAAAGCUCGUUGAGAAACAUUAUCACACGAAGGAUUCUCAAGACCCUCAUAACCGCGAACUCCCCUGGCAGAGCGUUUCCGCCUUUUGCUUCUUAAGAUUUAUUGUCCCUGGCAUCUUGAACCCUCAUCUAUUUGGGUUAUACCCAGGUCUUCCCAGUGCUCGCAUUCAACGCAGUCUCACACUCAUCGCAAAGGUCAUACAAAGUCUUGCGAAUCUUAAUCCCAAUGUACAGAAGGAGGAGUUCAUGCGCGGGAUCAAGGACUUCCUCAAACAGAAUCUGCCUACAAUGGUAGAUUACAUUAUGGUCGUCUCGACUCCUGUCCCGCUAGAUCCAUGUAGUCCACAUUCUGUUCACCCAGCUCACAGCCACCAACGGCUCGAUGUGGUCAGUUCAUUGCACGAGAGAAGUACUACGAUGCCUGUCCUAGAAAGAGAGUCGAUUCCGUUGCUACCCCAUGUGCUUGAUAUUCCAAGGCAUUUAGCUCGUAUCACUUCCUCGGUUCUCCGAAGUGCACGGUCCGCUGACCCAAAGGGCAAAUCCUUCGAAGGAGACAAUGAGCAUCUGUCAGGUCUUUGUGCUCAAUGCCUCGACCUGGAGGACCAGAGUCUGGCUCGCGUCAGCCAACUAGCCAGUGUGGAAUCAUGUCCUAUUGCCGUUAAAUGGGAUGCACCUCGAAUAACAUCCACGGUCUCUUCCGCCGCUCUUUCAUCCACAGCCUCGCCUCCGAAAAUUGUUGAGUCGCAGAAGGUGUCAAGGCCGUGUGUCGCACCAUCACUAUCUGAUUUGUCAGAAGCAGAGUACCAAAAAGCGUCAUCCAGCAACAUGACACCUUCAAGUCCUGUCCUCCAUGACCUGUCCGGUCUACGUAGAGGCUCUGUGUCCGAUAUUCCUUCAAGCCCAAAGGUCACCUCAUCUCCCGAAGAGCGAUUUACACGAGCAACGCAUCGUCCGCGCUUUCUGCGACCUAAAUCAAUAUCAGCUGACUCGAUCUCGUCACUUGCAUUCCCUGCAAGUGCACAGUCUCUACGUAGUCCACCUGAGUUUCAAGAUCUUGAAGCUAGCAGGAAGAGAAAGAAUGUGCUGCAGGGUAUACUUGCGAAACGAUAA